GUGCCCAGCGUCAAAGACCUGCCGUCGGCGGAAGAGCUGAAGCAGGAUGCUGUUGUCGCAACGAAACAGACCUUUGCCAGCUUGCGGUCGCUAGUGUCAGGAGGUGCUGGUGGUGUAUGCGCUGUCGUUGUUGGACACCCCUUCGAUCUGGUCAAGGUGCGCUUGCAGACUGCUCAAGCUGGCGUCUACAGCGGUGCAAUGGACGUCGUGAGGAAGACAAUUGCGAAGGAGGGUCUCGUCAGGGNGUCUGUACGCCGGUGUUUCGGCACCUUUGGUUGGAGUAACGCCAAUGUGNGCUACGAUUUGGGCAAGAAACUCGUCAGGUCGUUCAGCACAGUACACAACGAUCAAUUCUCGGUCGGUCAAGUAUGCGCUGCUGGCGCCUUCUCUGCCGCCCCCACUACCCUCGUUGCCGCUCNNCCCUUCGAACGUGUCAAGGUCUUGCUGCAGAUCCAGGGUCAGAAGACAUUGGCUCCCGGCGAGAAGCCCAAAUACGCAGGAGGUGUCGAUGUCGUGCGUCAACUCUAUAAGGAGGGCGGUAUCAGAUCUGUCUUCAGAGGCAGCGCCAUGACUCUCGCUAGAGAUGCUCCUGGCUCAGCAGCAUACUUUGCAGCCUACGAAACCGUCAAGCGCAAGCUCACACCCAAGAACGCAGACGGCACACCCGGCGAGCUCAGUCUACUUGCCGUCAUGGCAGCUGGUGGUGCUGCUGGUAUUGCCAUGUGGAUUCCCGUCUUCCCCGUCGACACCGUCAAGAGUCGCUUGCAGUCGGCAGAGGGCAACCCCACCAUCGGAGGCACAAUCAAGGAGCUAUACAGAAGAGGAGGUUACAAGGCAUUCUUCCCUGGUAUUGGUCCCGCAAUGGCUCGUGCUGUCCCCGCCAACGCUGCCACUUUCCUCGGAGUCGAGUUGGCCCAAAAGGCCAUGUCCAAGAUGUUUGAC